AUGUUGACCCAAGAUAUCUUAUGGGUCACCCCAAUCUCAUCGUAUAGGACCGGGUUAUCAGUGCAGGUUCCAUGUCCUCAUAUUUUUGAUCCUGCAGAAAAGUACUUAUCAUUGAUUGUUCCUGCAUUCAAUGAAGAGCAUAGGCUUCCUGGAGCACUCGAUGAGACCAUGAAGUGAGUUAAAGCAUAGCUGUUCAGAUGAUACUGGGAUCUAUGUCGUAGUUAUCUUCAACAACGGGCAGCAAAGGACAAGUCAUUUUCUUAUGAGGUUAAGCAUGAGUCUGAUGAUUCUAUCAUUUGGCAAUGCCUGGGAUAGACUGAUGAUUCUAUUCUCAAUUGACUGGUAUAAAUCUUGUUGACUUCAGCCAGUUAUCUUCAAGGAGAAUAGAGCAAGAGGAAUAUCACCCCGUUGGCUGAUGAAUCAUAUGUUUUUUUUAUCACAGAAAGCUCAGCGUAAGAACAGGGAAAGAAGAGUGUUAAAUUUUGCUAAAUUCUGGUAAAUUCAUGAUAAAUUCUAAUAUUUAAUAAUUUAUGCACGUCAAUCUUAAAAGACUUUCACAGUGACAGCAUUGAUAUAAGCUUGAGCUCCAAUGGG